AACACAACGUGAUCUCUGUCUUUUAUUUGAGGUUAUUUUUUCAACCAAUGUUUUGAUUUUGUUUGUAAAUCUAUUUAUCAACAAAUCUUAAGUUACUGUAAUCAUUCUUAACUGGUUUGAUUGAGUUUUCCAUAUAGUAUCGCAUAUGACGGGGUCAGAUGUCACAAUGUUGACACUAUGUUCACAAAGUGACUCAAUUCUCCGGAUUUUAUGGGAUAUAGUGUACAUUUGGAAAUUCCGUCGUUCAACUGCGUAGCUACGUGUUACGAGACUCUAAUUGAUAAAGCUAGCUGAUGAUUAGCAUCAGCUCACGUUUUUGCUCAGUAGUGCAUAGACUAACUAUAAGAAUGGGUUCAAACACUUCAGACAUAUCUUAUGAAAGUGCUGUAUGUAAGUUGAAUUUGCUGCAAUCAAACAAACAAGUGAUAGACCAAAUUAGAAAGAAGCUUAAAUGUGGGGAAGACAAAUGUAAAAACAUAGAGGAUAUGAGGAGUUAUCUGGAGCGCACGGGUGUGCCCCUGUCCAAACUCGAUCAGUUGUCUGUGAUACAUGUAGCUGGCACGAAAGGAAAGGGCUCCACGAGCGCGAUGUGCGAGUCCAUCCUGCGUCAGCACGGGUUCCGCACCGGGUUCUACUCCUCGCCGCACCUGGUGGCCGUGCGCGAGCGCAUCCGGCUGCACGGGAAGGUCAUCAGCGAGGACGUGUUCGCUGGAUACUUCCACAGGGUCUAUGGCAUGCUGGACGCGACUAAGACGCACGAAGGCGACAUGCCUGGCUACUUCGCGUUUCUGACGGUGUUGGCCUUCAACACCUUCCUCGCUGAGAAGGUGGACGUGGCCGUCAUCGAAGUGGGCAUCGGCGGGAUUGUGGACUACACCAAUGUACUUAGGAAAGUGCCAGUAGUGGGUAUCACGGCGUUAGGUCUCGACCACACCGCUAUCCUCGGAGAGACGCUGGGCGAGAUAGCGGCGGCCAAAGCGGGCGUCAUGAAGCGGGGCUGCCGCGCGUAUAGCGCGCCGCAGCCGCCGGAGGCCAUGGCGGUGUUGCAACAAGUCGCCGACGAACUACAGUGCCCCCUCACCAUAGCGCCGAAGUUUGAGAGCUACAACUUCCCAAACGGAUACAAAAUGUUGCAAUGCAACGUCGAUGCUUACAAAACCAACGCCUCGCUCGCCAUACAGCUCUCCCACGCAUGGAUGCAACAUGCCAAGACGCGAAAUAAUAUAUUAAAAAAUAAAAAUGGAUUUAAAAAUAGAAUCGCGCGCGAAACAACCGCAAAAGAAUUGACAGAUAUUUCGAAUAGCGUUUUUAAAAAUGGAAACUUUGAUGAAGAGGUUAUGUCACAAAAUGGGAAUUUUAAAAGCGACAUCUUAUUACAGAAUACUCUAGAAGUUCCGUAUGAAACGUGGUUGGGUUUGAAAGAGUGCCGUUGGCCGGGACGGUACCAUGUGGUUGAGGCUUCAUAUGCGAGGUUCUAUUUAGACGGCGCUCAUACUAAAGAGUCUAUGGACAUCUGCGCGGAGUGGUUCAAACAGAAUGUCACAACUGACAACAAAAUUUUGAUAUUCGGCGCCACGGGGGACAGAAACUCGGACGUUCUCAUGAAACCACUCACAGACAUUGCAUUCAAGCGAGCCUACUUCGUAGUGCCGGCCGCGUACAAGGCCACAAAUGUCAGCAAAGACGACUAUUCCACUGUCGAACAGAAAGACAAAGUUAAUAGAUGCGAAUUACACGAAGAAAUGUGGCGAAAAGUUAAUAAUUGUGAGACAAUAGUUUCCGAAUGUAUGGCAGACGUUUUGGUAAGUAUAAAGAGGAACCAAGUUCAAAAGCCCGUUGUAUUGGUCACCGGCUCCUUGCAUUUGGUCGGCGCUGCGUUGAGUAUACUCGACCCUAAUUUGUGUACUUAUAGUUGAAUGAAAUGAUAUGAAUAACGCUUAAUUACUUACGCACAAUAUGCGGUAGUCAAUUAGGCACGCGGGGAACAGAUUAUAAUCUGUUAAACUAAUCGACAAAUAUUGAUUAACUAAUAUUUAACUAAUCGAUAAAUAUCGAUUAGUUUUGCCAUUUGUUUAAAGGUUGAAAGUUACUAAGCUUGAUAUGUUAAGUUAUUUUCAAAACACUCCCGAAAUAUUACGGCUCAAGCGUUUUAAUUUUAAAUCCCAAAAACUGGAAAUGACUUUGUAAUUAUUUUAAUUCGUCUUGGCGCAAAAUGUCCUUUUCUCAAAAUGUCCUCGUGUGUUUUUGAUGAUAAUUUAGAUAAGCAACUGAUUAAAACAGUUUUUUUUAUUAUUAAAAGGACAUUCUGAGAAAGGACAUGUAAGAAAGACAUUUAGCCCCAAGGCGCCUUGGUGAUAUAAGUACAUGAGCAAUCUCAUUACAAGAGGAAAACUCGAAUAACUGACAAGGUGUAGUCUAUUAUCGAUAAUUAUUUCAAUGUUAAAAAAAUUAACGACUUAUCUUCCAUUCAGUUCGAUAUUAUUGGUACUACCUUUUCUUGUGCCUAUUUUAAAGUAUUUUUAUAUGUUUAUAAUUUUAUUGACCUUAAUUUACUUAAAGUUAAUUAGUACCUAAGUAAUGCAAUAAGGGAUUGGUGUCACCUUGCUUUUGUUUUUAACUUUUAUAUUUAAUUUUUAUAUUCCAAACGUAAGUGAAAGUAAGUGUCCCAACUUUUAAACUGUGGUUGUUCCCGCAUAAUUUAUAUUUUUGUUGUAUGCGAUAUCUGUAUACGAAAACAUUUAAUAAGGACAUCUUUGUCUACAAUUACUUUGAUUUUCUGUUAAUCGAUUGUUAUUUUUUUUUAAUAGCUAUAACAUGUACCACUGCUAGGCAAAAGCCUCCCCUCUCUCUUUCCACGUGUUCCUUUCUUUGGCUUCUUUGUUAUUAUAUCAAAGCAAUAUAUAUAUAUAUAUAUAAUGAUUAGGAUAGGUUGUUUCGAUGUUCCUACCACCUGGUAGUGUUGUAUGACAUUGGCUAUCUACUAUUGUAAAAACAAAAAAAAAUACGCUGUGAUAACUAUUCUUAACAAAUCUGUGAUUCAAAGCCGCAACAUGUACACAUUGGGCUCAGGUUGGGGCCAAUCGGUGCUUGGUUAGAUGUUUUUUUUUUCAUAGAAAAGGCAUUAUCAAAUGAAUUUUUAGCCACAAUACCAUCUUAUCAAGUGUGUCAUUGCUAAUAUUGGAGUCAAUUUUAUUCAAGUCGCCUAAAGGCAGCUCAAGUCUUCUACCUACCGCCUAGUGGUAAGUAGUCGCAUACACACUAAUACUCAACUAAUAAGUGAGAUUAAUUCUGAUGUCUGUGAUGACACAAAUUCGCUUAACUAUUGAGCCAAUAUGUGAAUGCGGCUUAUGGUUGAUGCUUAGCAAGUCUAAUAUAACUUUUGCUAUACUUAAAGCCAUGCCCAAUGGGGCAUGGCUCUAAGUGAGCAAUGGCUCAGUCGCGCUCCGUUAUUUUGACGUCCAACGAUAGACAACGCAGCAAUUGUAUGAAGUUUUGUAUGUAUGUCAAUGUCAACGCACGUCACCGUCACCUAUAGAAAACAACGGGAGUCAUGUCGUGCUGCGUCGUCGCAACGGAGCACGACUGAGCAAUGGGGCAAGAAUUUUAACUUGCCUUGACUUGAGUGAAAAUAUUCAACUGGUUAUGAAACGGCUGAAAAAUAAGCCCUUCUUACUAGUUAGGGUUUUCUCCUACAACAAAGCAUCCACCUUGAUAUUCUUGUACAGUACUACCACGUUUAUAAGUUACAUCGGCUAUAUUCGACGGGGCAGAAUAGCGCAUCCUACUGCCGAAUCAAACCGAAUACAAACUCAAUAAAAUAACAACUAUAUUACUAGGACAUAAGUCUUAAAUUCCAAAAAAAAUGAAUGAUUCCUGCGUACGACGCGAUGGCGCGGACUCAGGACAUGCGUCAGCCAAUAGUGGACAGCUCUGUUCGCGGGUAAACAUGGCUGAUUAGCUAAAAUAUUUUCGCGCCGUACAAAAAUUAGACUUCUGCGCAGGUACAUCGGUGUAACUUAUAAAAGUAGUAGACCUGUACUAUCUUGUUAUAGAUUUUUAAAAUUUAAUAAACCGUUAUGAACCAAA